CGCGGCGGCAGCGGGGCCAUGGCCGCCGACGUGUUCAUGCGGCCGGCGCGGCUGCUCGGGGCGGCGGGGCCGCUGUCCCCCCGCACGGAGCCCGACGAGGACUCGUCGGACACGGACGAUGGCGGAGCGUCGCCGGGCGGGGGGCGGCGGUGCGGGCCGCGGCGGGGGCAGCCCCCGGGCCCACAGAUCAUCCACUCGGGGCACUUCAUGGUCUCGUCGCCUCACAGUGAGCACCCGCCCAAGAAGGGCUACGACUUCGACACGGUCAACGAGCAGACCUGCCAGACCUACCAGUUCGGGGCGGCCCGCGGCGGCGGCGGCGCCGGCGGCCGCCUCAGCAUCGACGCGUCCCUCACGAAGCUCUUCGAGUGCAUGUCCCUGGCCUACAGCGGAAGGUUGGUUUCACCAAAAUGGAAAAAUUUUAAGGGAUUGAAGCUUCAGUGGAGAGAUAAAAUCCGUCUCAAUAACGCCAUCUGGAGGGCCUGGUACAUGCAGUACCUGGAGAAGCGCAAGAACCCCGUGUGCCACUUUGUGACCCCACUGGACGGCUCCGUGGACGUCGAUGAGCACCGUCGGCCAGAGGCCAUUGCAACAGAAGGGAAAUACUGGAAACGAAGAAUUGAAAUAGUCAUCAGGGAAUACCACAAGUGGAGAACGUACUUCAAGAAAAGGUUACAGAAACAUAAAGAUGAAGAUCUUUCAAGUUUGGUCAGGGAUGAUGAUGUGGUUCUCUGGCAAAAAAGAAGGUAUGGCAGAGAAACCCCUGUCCCUAUGGAGGAAGGCAGCCUCUUGGAUGCAGACAUGCUCAUGUCCGAGUUCACCGACACCCUGUUCUCCACUCUGUCUUCACAUCAGCUGGUUUCCUGGCCAAAUUCCAGGGACAUAGGACACUUAGGAAAUGCUGAUAUGAUUCAACCAGGGCUUAUUCCUCUCCAGCCAAAUUUUGAUUUUAUGGAUACUUUUGAGCCUUUUCAGGAAUUAUUCACGCCCAGUCGCUCCAGUAAUUAUUUCCCUUCUGUGUCUGCUGUCAGCUCAGCUACCACAGACAGCAACAGCCACUCUUCCCAGUCUCCUGUCCUGCCGUCGGGUUCAUUGCCCAGCACGCUUCCAGCAGGGAACAUCAGUGAUGGACUGAUUCCUUCCUCAGUACCUGCUCCUGUCAUUCCUGACGUCGUUGCAGACCAGUGCUCCAGCAUUAGAAGCGAGGAAUCUUUCAUCCAGCCAGCAGACUUCCCUCCCGACUCGUCUCUCAGCGGGCCACAAACUUUUAUGUCAGUGUUCCCGACGUCCCUGCCACUGCUGCAACCCACGAGUGCCCAGCACCAGUCCCCGCUGCCCGUGGUGCCGCUGAGCUCCAGCCUGAGCCCUGCGCCCGCCGCCUUCGCUGCUCCAGAAACGCCCAAGUUCGGCCUCUGUGAAUCCACGGUCAUCACUCACACGGCUUCUGCCACGCUGACCCACAACGCCCCUGCCACCACCUUCAGCCAGAGCCAGAGCGUGGUCCUGGCCACGCAGCAGCCGGGGGCAGGAGUGCCUUGUAACCUGGCCUUCCAGACUGCUGUUGUGCAGGGGCAGCCCCGGCCGCAGGUGCAGUCCCAGCUGACAUUUGCACUCCCCAAACCUGUUCCUCUGGCCAGUGCUGGGACAAGGCCCAAACAGUCACAAAAAAUAGUGCCUGCUCCGAAGCUUGAAACAGUGUCCUUAUUGGUAAAGAAUGCCUUCAUCACCCCAGCUGCCUUUCAGGGACAGUCCAGAGCUGUGAUUGUAACUCCAGCACCUUUAAAAAGAGAGGGGAUUUUGACGCCAGCCACGUCUCAGUCUAAUGUUGCAAUUGCACCAGCUGGAAUUGUCAGAGCUCCCGGGGUGACGGAGUUCCGUAGUAACAUUCUGGUUGGUCCAGCACAGCGAGCACCAAGUAGUCAACAAAGCCAGUCCACAGUCUCACAUCUCUUCCCUCCUAGUGUAGUCCAGGAUGUGUUGGUGAAAGGAGAGCACAUCCCUUCCCACUGCAGCAGUUCACAAGUUCCCUCACCUACACCUAGCCGGGACUGUCAGAAUUCAGGUCAGGCUUCCCCCUGCACCUCUGAGCAGAGCCCCAGUCCACAGUCUCCUCAGAACAGCUGCUCAGGAAAAUCUGCCACUGACCCUACUAUGGCUGCAUUUAAGAAUCGAAGGAUGAGGCAUCUUUCAGAACAAAAACGAAGGUUUAAUAUCAAGAUUGGUUUCAGUGCUCUGAACAGCUUGGUGUCAGCCAACUCCAAGUCGAUCAGCCACGCCAUCACGCUCCAGAAGACAGUGGAAUACAUUGCUAAGCUGCAGCAGGAGAGGACACAGAUGCAGGAGGAAACCAGGCGCCUUCGGGAGGAAAUCGAGGAGCUGAACGCCACCAUCCUUUCUUGCCAGCAGCAGCUCCCUGCUACCGGGGUUCCUGUAACACGGCAAAGGUUCGACCACAUGAAGAGGUUGUUUGAUGAGUAUGUGAGAAGCAGGACCCUGCAGAACUGGAAGUUUUGGAUUUUCAGCAUUAUUAUUAAGCCAUUGUUUGAGUCCUUCAAUGGGAUGGUUUCCACAACAAGUUUUAAGGAUCUGAACGAAACUGCACUGGCCUGGUUGGAUCAGCACUGUACUCUUCCUAUUCUGAGACCAAUGGUGCUGAACACCCUUCGGCACCUGAGCAGGACCACCUUGAUCCUGACGGACCCGUCGCAGCUGCCAGAGCAGGCCCGGGAGGCCGUGAUGAAGGUGAACAAGAGAGCUGGGGAGACCUAACAACCAAAGACCCUGAGGUGCUUGUCCCAGGGGUGGGGAACCUGCCAGGCCCCACCUGCCCAGGCUCCUCCAGUCGGUGCACUUUAGAAAGGAUUCUCUCCAUCACCUGAGACAUUGUUCAGGGCACCUGGCCCUGCCUUCCGAAGAGGUGCAGGUGAUGCAGCGUUGUCAGAAUGUUUUGGUUCCUCUCCAGUGCUGUGCUGUGCUCCGUCAAGUGAGAAAAACCACCGAGCUCAGGUAAACUCAGCAGGUUUGAGCCCUGCAGGCAGCAAUAGAUCUCCAUCAAUGCAUCUGUACGCAACUAAGAGAUUUCUAUGAAACACCCUCAGUUCUCUGAAGUGUAAAUCCUGUACACCAAGGAAUGUGCUCUUCAAGGGGAAAAAAUACUUUUGAUUUCAUGAAGCAAAAUACGCUUUUUAUUUUGUUUUCUGGUAUUCAGUUCCAUUUGUUUUACUUGAAUAUUGAAAAUUGUUAAACAGGAUCAUACGAAAAACCAAAGGAGAAGAAAAAUCUGUCAGUGAUGUCAACUCAUGGCAAAAAUACUUAGAAUUAAAACCUCAGGCUGUGUUUUGUGUAUUUUUAUUUGAAUGAGUGUAUCAUUGCUUUUGAUCAAUUUCAAGACGUGCUUUAUUUUCUAGUAAAUAAAAUAGCUGAUUUUUUUUUUUUUAAUUUAGCCAUUGCAGGGGAGUGGCAGGCCGUGCCGUAAGUGCAAGAAAGCAGUUUUAGAUUGUAUAAAUUCUGCAAUUAGGAUAAAGAUAUGACUUUUAUACCAGUUUAAUCAACAAACUGGUUUUUUGCAAUCUGCACAGUUCAGCUGCCAUCCUCACAAAAUGUGCACAUAUAAAACACACCCGUAGGUAAAUGUAAUAGCACUUCAGAAACAAGAAUUGAGUUUGUGAUGCUAAAAAAUUGGCUUUUUUAUUAUCUCAGAAGCUGUAUCAAACCACACAGACUUGCGGUCAGUUCUUUGCUUCUUUGUCUUUUUUGCUUCUUCUUUUUGCCUUCUGUCUGAAAAACCUGAAGGACUUUGCUGAGCCUGGUCUAUAUGGGAAGAUUAUGUUCAACAUGAAUUAGAAAACUUGUAAAAAUAAGUUUAAAACUCAAAAUACUGCAUAACAUUUUUGUGUGAGAGUCUCAGCAUGUACUGUCCUCUGCUGCAGGUAAACUGAGUCCCAUUCCAGCAGUGAUUGUCCAUCCUGAGAUAGCACUGGGAUGUUCAUUCUAGCUGAUUGUUCAUAGUCUAGGAUGGUCCCAUGACCCUUGUAAUUCCAUUCACAACUUGAUCCUGAUUGUUCAGAGCUAUGCAAAUGGUGGAAAUGCUUCCCCUGAGCAGUUUUCUUCCCGUUCCAAGAGCAGGCUGGAGGUGAUGUGCAGCCUCUCACAGUGGGAAAAUGAGGAGUAGUUGGAACACUUGGGGGUUGCGCACACUGAAAUGGGCUCAGUAGGUUCUCCUGGGGGAAAGGAGCUUUUCUCAGUUUCGUCCCAGUCUCCUCCACUUGGUGGGUCAAAGUUUGAAAGGAAACAAUAGACCUGGGGAGUAGGACUGAGUACAGGGGGUAGGUUUGUUCUUGUUUCUCCAUUGUCGUGAGUUUUUGCAGCUAAUGGCUUUCCUUGCAGAGUUCCUUCUGUGUGAGCAGCACUUUAGCAAGGAGAAGGCACAAAAGGUGAGCCCCAGGGCCCUCUCCCUGCAUGGAGGAACCGGGGGCUGAAGGGGAAAGCAGAAUGGCACGUUUUGUACCAACACACCUUCCUGUAGCUGUGCAGGCAGAGGGAGAGAUGCUUUUCUUUUUUUUUUUUUUUUUUUUACAGUAGAUUGGACAUAUAAUUUGAAAUUCAUGGCACAUGUAAAAACCUGUGUCCCUGUGAUAGAAGCAACAAAAUUCCAAGUCUCAGCCAAGGAAUGGUGUGCAAAGGUUGUCAUAGUAAUUAAAUAGUGAGUAGAUUCUUUGGAGGGAUCCAUUCCUAGGUCUUUCAUAAUGUUGUAAUCAGUUAAACAAUAUACUUUCGGGUGCAUCUGGGUAAGAAGUGUUGAAUAAGUAAAUCCUUUUUUAAAUCAGUGCUUUCAAUCCUCCCGUUUUUAUCACUGGUUGUGAAUUUGACUCCAGUAAAAUCAUUUUACGCUGUGAUGAGCUGGAGAUGUCCCUCCCGGCCUUUCCUCGGUGGGCCGAUCUCACUGUUCGUGUGUUAAAGACGUCUGGGUUUCUAGCAAGAGAGCAGAAGGCAUAUUGUCCAAGAACUGGUGUUUUUGCUGACCUUUUCAGAUGAACAGAUCCUGUAAUGCCUCCCCUGCCAUGUGGUCUCCUGCUUGUCAGCAGUGAUGGUGUGUGAUUUUUACCAUUUCUGGUAUCGAUGACGUGGGAGUUCUGUCCCAAGAAGCCCAGUGCAGUACAAUCGUACUUCAGGGCCCAGGGAAAUUGGACAGCUGAAACCCUAACAUCCAUAUCUCACUGAAUGGACUAGAAACUGAAAGCAACCUUAAAGGAAUAGGAAGGGGUAAUUUAACUGAACUGCCAAAAAUUUUGUCCAUUCACAGUUUUUCUGUGGAUGUGGAUGGAAAAUGUAUCAAUCUGAUUGCUCCGUGAGCUGGUUACAACUGGGGGGGAGUGCUUGUUUAACAAAUCGUGGUGCAGAAAUAAACUCAAAGCACUAUUAAGCAACUGCAAAUCUUAAAGAGAAAAGAAUUCAAUAUUGCUUACUUAGGCAAGAGUGUAGGAGGGAGGAAAGGAAAAGUGAAAAGAUACUUUCCAUGUAGUGCAAUUACCAGAAAUGAUGUGGCUGCUCUUUGAAGCAGUGAUUCAAUAUAUUCUUGUCACCCUGUUAUUGCAAAUCAGAAUUCUUUUCUUUUAUCAGUCAGCCUUAUGAGGAGAGUGAUUUCACUUCGUUUGGAAACACGGGAGGAAAAAAGCUGGUUUAUGUCUCACAUCUGAACAAGUAGAACCAGUAAAGAUUGAUAUGGAAAGAGAUAGACCACGUAUGUAUUAGUUCCUGCAUAGUUUUCCACUUUGAUUUGUGUUUAAACACCUUAGUCUGUCUUUCUUACCCACUGAGGAGUUUUAUUACUUUAUUUUUUUCAGUUUGGUAACACUUUCUCCCCUAAUUUAAGCGCUCUGAUUUCCUCAGUGUCACCAAAGUAAGUAAGCCAAACACACAGUGCCUAUAAAUCUGCACAGAACUGCAGGUGCUGCACAUCUGCUGGUGCUAAACUUUUGGAGAACCCCCAUGUAAUUGAAUACAAGUUGUAUUCCAUCAAAUCCAAUGUAUUUCACUCAGUAAAGGAGUGGCUAAAUAACUUACUUACGGCCUGUGAUAUGCACAAGGUCAAACUGGGAUUGUCUACUGGUUCCUUCUGACCUUGAAUUGCAUUAAUUGGUAUAUUGUAGAUGGCCCCACCCCAAACACAAGUUCUGGAGAUCUUGGGCGUUAUCUGGUGUAGUUAUUAGCUGUUACUGCAGUUAUUGGCCUCCUUUUAGCAGGAGGAGUAAGGGGUAAAAGUCCAGGAGCAAACUAGAAUUGAAGGAAUUACGAGGAGUGGGAUCAGAGACAAGUGCACACUUCACUGUGACAGUCUGAUCUCUGCACAAAACCAAAGGAUUCUUGGUUAAUACCAUUUGACCUGACUGGAAUGCUCUUCCCUGCUUUUCUAGUCCCCUGUGGAAGGCUUCCUUGAAGGGGGGCCUACUAGAAUGUUUCCAUCUGUGCCUUAGACCUUGGUGUUGUGUAUGCAUUUGAUUAAUCAUGUCAUACAUUGUUCCCCCUAAAUUGAUGCUCUGUGGAAAAUUGAGCAAAUGGAGGAAGUGGGGCUUCCCUGGCCUUUUAGAGGAUUUUAUCUAUGUGGCAUUACUGUGACCCUUUCAGACUGAGGUUGUGAGUAACUUCGUCUGUGUAUGGAAAAAAUUACAUCUUUCCUGCUGAAUCCACUGCCCUCCACUGCCAUGUGCAGGAGCACCUGUGCACACAAGGACAUAACCUCUGCUAUGACAAACCCAGGAAACAGGCAAGGGCUUAAACCUCUAAAUCUGAACUGGCUUGAAAAGACAAAGGGCUGUCAAAGGUAUUGAAAAACUGCAUCCCUUUGUAUCUUCAGGUUUUUUUACAUUCCUUUGUGUGUGUGCUUGUGUUCACAUGUGGUAGAAGUGACAGGGACAGGUAAAUUUAGUUGUGUUUGCUUUUAAAGCCCAAAACUCCUGAAAAGCAGUUUGAGAACAGGACAGGGAAGGUCACUGCGGAAACGUUCAGUAAGAUAAUGCUUUUGUAGUACAAAUUAUUUGAAGGCUAUUUCACUCUCUCAGUUUUCUGGAGUGGAUAAUUCUUGAUGUUGCCAGCUAGAAGGUACUGCUGAAAAUAGAAUGGGUUUUUUCACUGUUUUCACGUUUUCCUUUCUUUUUUUUUUUUUUUUUUUUUUUUGGUUCCUUUCCACCUUUAUUGCAUGGAAAACUACCAAAAAUCAAAAGGCUGAUGACAUCCAGUUUAAGUUCUUUAGGGAUUCAGUUACACCAGUCUGGAGGACUAUGGACAAUUGUUGAUAACUUUAAGAAGUUUUUUAAAUUAGGUGAGACAUCAGGAGUUUUUCUAUUACUUAUUACUCCCUAAUUUAUACACUUGAGUGUCAGAGGAGAUUAUUUGUUUUGGGGUUUUUUUUCUUUUAUAGGACCCCAAUAUUUUUCCUACAACAUCAGUUAAAGUUCUAGUUUUCUUUUGUUUCAUUCUUGGUUGGAUUUUCUUCUCAUUUACUGUGCUAGAGCAGAAGUGGUAGAACCAAACUAUAGCUCUGUCUGUAAAACUUGAGUUCUUCAGUUGCAAUUACAGUAACUUCAGUUACAAAGAAACACACCUUAGGUAAUAUUAAUGGAAUUAAUUUCUAGCCAUUGUCUGAACUUUUCCACCAUGAAUAAGGCUUUCAAUCAAAAGAUAUCAAUGUUAUGAGCAAGCCUUUUAACAAUACAAUGAAUAAAUAGCUCGUUUUCUUCUUCUAAUCUUGUAUUUAAAUGUGUUUUAAGUGAAUGGAAUUCAUUCUUGUUAAGAAAAAAAGGAAAAAAAAUCUUGAAGGUAUGAGGACUUCAGGUUGUGCUCUUGCUUUGCUUAGGUUUCCUGUUCUGUUGCAUGACAACUUCUGUUGUGCUGUUGAUAUGUAGCACUUUUCAGUAGGUCUGUUAAAUUGUGCAAUGCAUUUUUUUAUAUUUACAACCAAAACAAUAAAGGAUAUUUUUUGGAAGAAA